UAAUUGUCUAGAUCCAACUUCAAAGAUAAAGCACGCUGAAUGCUGAUUUUGUCCACACUGUUGCUCAAUACCAGCCACAACAAUGUAUCUACUUUCCAGGCUCUAUCUCUUCACUUACAAUUCUCUUCAGGCCCUUGGCUGGGCAGUUUCUCUGUUUAGUAUCUUGUCCAACAUUUUAUCAACCAAGUCUAUUCAUGUAGCUUACGAUUCUGCUGGACAACUAAUCUGGUUGCUACAAACUUGUUCAUUCUUGGAAGUUAUACACGGAGCUAUAGGUAUUGUUCCAAGUGGAGUGUUGUUUCCUUUUCUGCAAUGGGGUGGAAGGACUCUUUUCUUUCUAUCAAUUGUUCGAACUAUUGAUGAGGUACAGGAGUUGCCUUCAGUUUUCAUAACUUUUGUUGCUUGGAGUGUCAGUGAGGUAAUUAGGUAUCCGUUUUAUGCUUUAAACAGCAUUGGAACUUGUCCAUCAUGGAUCACAUACCUCAGGUACACUGCAUUCAUUGUGCUGUACCCUAUAGGACUUUUUCCUGGUGAAAUGUGGCUCAUGUAUGAAGCACUUCCAUAUGUAAAGAAGAAAAAUCUCUAUGCAGAUUUCUUUGAUGUGCUUCCCUUCAGCUAUUACAAUUUUCUCAGGGUUAUGCUUUUGUGUUACCCAUUCCUCUGGUUGAAGCUUUACCUGCAUUUGUUUAAGCAGCGGGGUUCAAAACUGGGUAAACAUCACAAGAAGAAGAAACAGUGAGGAUUAAAGCUCUCCAGUUAUAUGAACCAAUUGAUUGUUAGUAUCUGGCAAACCUAGAACAGUAACUCAAGAAAGAUGUUUAGUUCCAACCGGGGGAAAGAAAAAAGAUUCGAAACGGAUAUUGCCUACCAUGUACAUUGAGAACACUAAUAUAUUUGACAUGUAUCUUUUUUCUUGUGCCAGUAAAGCAAUAUUGCCCACUUUUUAUAUUAGAUGCUUGAUAAGUGAUAA